AUGUGGGUUGGGGGCAGGCCCCCCACCCCGCCCCCCCCCCGGAGCGCGCUCUCUGGUGGGAGCAGCGGCGGCGCUGGCUGCUCAGCCCCUCCCCCACGCUGGACGCGCUGGGGGUGGGGGUCCCGGCUCCUCUUCGCCCCCCGGCUCCGCCCCCUGCGCCUGCGCCUCCCCCCCGGGGGGGUCCUCAGGGCGCGCCUCGACUGCGCCGCGACCCCCGGCAGGGCCGUGGCCGCGCUCUGCGGCCUGCUCGGGCUCCCCCACCCCGAGGAGCUCUCGCUGCUGUGGCCGGAGCGGGUGGGGGAGGGGCGCGACCCCCCCCCCCCCGGACCUGGACCUGACACACCUGAGGCCAGGCUCCGCCCCUCCCCCCGCGUUGCUCCGCCCCCUGGGCAGCCGCAGGCUUGGGGGAGGGGCCCCCCCGGACCACCCCGGAGCCCCCCCGGGACCCCCCUGGAGCGACGGGCGCGGCUGCACGCGCGCUGGUUGGACGUGGGGCGGUCGCUGCUGGAGCAGGGCGUGGCCGCGGAGCAGGAGCUGGAGCUGCGCUUCAAAUACCCCUGUGCCCUGGGGGAGCCCCAGCCCGGGCUGCACUCGCAGCUGCUGCAGGAGCAGGCGCUGGGCUCCAUCCUGGCCGAGGAGCUGGAGUGCAGCGAGGAGCAGGGGCUGCGCUUUGCUGCCCUGCAGUACCUGAUCGAGGGGGCGGAGUGGGGGGAGGGGCGCGACCCCCAGGACCCCCCCGAGCCCCCCCCGGACCUGGAGACGGCGCUGGAGAAACUGGAGCUGAGCCUGGGGGGGGGCGAGAGCCCCGGGACCCCCGAGGAGGAGCUCGGAGCCCCCCCUGAGCUGGACGAGGAGCUGGAGAUUCACAGGGGGUUCCCGUGGCCGUUCCGGGGGUCCCGCCCCGGCCGGGCGGCGCUUUCGGGGUCGUCGCUGUCGCUCUGGAGCCCCCCAGGCUCGGGGGGACCCCAACAGCGGCUGAACCUGCGAGGCUGUCAGGUGACCCCCCAGGUGGAUUUGGGGGCGCAGAAAUUCCACAUCAAACUCGGGGUGCCCUCCCCGGGGGGGGCCGGCGAGACCCUCCUGCGGUGCCGUGAUGCCCCCCAAUUCUCCCGCUGGCUCUGCGUUCUCCAGGCGGCCUCGGGGGGUCCCCAUCGGCUGCGCAGAUCCGGGGGGUCCUGGGGGUCCUGGGGGUGCAGCCGGACGGGGGGGACACCCCCGGGACCCCCGCCCGGCCCCCCCCGGACCCGCGGCGGUUGCUGCCCCCCCGGCUCCAGCGCAGGAUCAAAGUUCCCCCAGCUCCUCCUGCGGGUUUUGCUCCGGGAGGGGCCCCUGAGCCCCCCCCAGGCCCGGCUGCGCUUCCUGCAGGCCUGGAGGGCCCUGCCCGGCUUCGGCCUCGGAGUCUUCAUCGUCCGGUUCCGGGGCGCCCCCCAGGACGAGGCUCUCGCCGUGGGGCUCUCGCGGCUGCUGCGGCUCCCGCUGCGCUCGGGCGGCGCCGCCCGGAGCUGGAGCCAGAGCGAGCUGAGACAGUGGGACGUGAACUGGGACAGCGGGCAGGUGCGGCUGUGGCUCAGCGGUGACGUCACGCUGGGGCUGCGCGUGCUCUCCGCCCCCCCCCGCGUCCUGCACCAGUUCCUGGGGGGGGCCCUGGCCCUGGGGGGGCCCCCCCGCGACCCCCGCGAGCUGCAGCGCCUCAUGGAGGGGGGGCUCGACCCCUGA